AUGACGAAGAAGCACUUUUUUCUGCACCUGCUUUUAACUCUCACAGUUCUCCACAGUAGCUGGGGUCUCGAGGUGUCCACCCCAGUCAAAGAAUAUGAGGCCUCUAGAGGCGAUGACGUCACUCUGGUCUGUUCCUUCAUCCCAGCAAAUCCAGAGAUUCGAAAUUUGGUUCUUACAUGGGAGGUCUACCCAAAAACUCCUGGGGACACUUUGAAACCGGUGGCCAUGUAUUUUCUAAAUUCCCGUCCUGACAUUUCCCCCGCGUAUGAAGGAAGAGCCUCUUUAGAAGUGGACGUGGAAAAAGGGGAGAGCAAGCUGCAUUUGAUGAAAGUGACACUGGAGGACAGUCGGAAAUACCAGUGCAGUGUCAUGAUCCCAAAUGAUGACGAAGGGACUACAUUGGCCACCACAACUCUUCUGGUCCUGGUCCCCCCCUCGCCACCUAUCUGUGGUAUUGAGGGAGAAGCAGAGUAUUGGAAUAACAUCAUCCUAACCUGCAAGUCAGAGGAGGCUUCUCCAGAGCCAGUUUAUCAGUGGAAGAGCUACAGCGUGGACAACAUACAAAGACCCUUCCCACCGAAAACCACAGAGAAGGAUGGCGCUCUUUCUUUGUUCAAUAUUUCCAGGGAGACGUCAGGCUAUUUCAGGUGCACUUCUACAAAUCGCAUUGGGUCUGCUAACUGCAACUUCACCCUGGCAGUGAUGCCCCCUAGCUCCAACAUGGGGGCGACUAUCGGUAUUAUCGCAGGUGUUGUCGCAGGUUUGCUUUGUCUGGGGAUAACUAUAUACUGCUGCUGCAAGAAAAAGGGAAAGAAGGACAAGUACCCUGAAAGUUCUCCUACCCAGGUGGCUUAUUAUGACAAAGAUGCGCCUGAAAGUGGUGUGAAGUAUGCGGAUGAGGACAAAAGGAAGGUCCAAGAUGAGGAUGAUGUUUCAUUCAAGAAAAGUCGAGAGGAAAGUCCUGACCGCAGAGAUAACAAGAACGACCAUUACAACAGUCAUAACAGUCGCAGUGAAGACCGUCCCAAAGAAAGGGGAAGUCGCGACAGGCUGGACGACAAUCGUGAGCGUUACGGCGGCAGUCGCGACAGGCUGGACGACAAUCGUGAGCGUUACGGCGGCAGUCGCGACAGGCUGGACGACAAUCGUGAGCGUUACGGCGGCAGUCGCGACAGGCUGGACGACAAUCGUGGGCGUUACGGCGGCAGUCGCGACAGGCUGGAUGAUCAGCGGGACCAACGGCGCGGAAGUCGAGAUCGGCUUGAUGACCGUUAUGAGCAGUACGAUGAACGUUAA